UUUCAUUAUACCCCAAAAAGAAAGAAGAAAUGCAGAACCUCCGGCUAUAAAUACACGCGCUGAUUGAGAAAGACAGUCAUCGGAGUCUCCUGAUUUUAUUCAAGAAAACUUCCUUAUUCACAAAGACACACGUUACCAUACGACAUCGUUUCAAUGGUUCCGUUCACAGUCCCUGCAUGGCUUCCUCUCUUGCUGCUACUCUCCUUUCUUGUUGCUGUGAAGAAAGUGAUGGAAUCAAAGAAGCGACAUCCGCCGGGUCCUCCUGCUCUGCCUCUCAUUGGUAACAUGCAUCAACUGGGUAAACUUGCUCAUCAAUCUCUGUACCAAAUGUCCAAGAAAUACGGCCCCGUAAUCCGAUUGAAGCUUGGAAGUGUGCCCUUAGUCGUCGUCUCCUCUCCCGAAACUGCAAGAGAGAUUCUCAAAGUUCACGAUACCGAUACCUGCAGUCGACCCAAAUUGUUAGGCACUGGUAAUUACUCUUACAAUUAUCUCGACAUAGCUUUUGCUCCUUUCGGUGAGUACUGGAGGGAGAUGAGAAAAAUCAGCGUUCUCGAGCUUUUCAGCAACAAGAGAGUUCAGUCUUUUCGUUUCAUCAGAGAGGAAGAGGUUGAUUCACUCGUUGAAUCAGUUUCUCAAUCUGCUGCUUCUAAAUCCCCUGUAGAUCUAAGCGAGAAGCUGCUUUUUCUCACGGCGAAUGUGAUUUGGAGGGUUGCAUUCGGAGGAAGCUUUGAGGAGAAUAAAUGCGAGAGUGGCGUCUUUCAGGAGAAGGUCAAUGAGGCUACAUCGCUUAUGGGAUGCUUCGCUGCUUCUGAUUUCUUUCCUUGUGUUGGGUGGAUAGUUGAUAGGAUCACAGGUCUCCAUGGCAGGCUAAAGAAGAGCGCCAAGGAAAUGGAUAUUUUUCUGCAAAAAACAAUUGAUAAGCAUGAGGGAAAGAAGGUAGAAGAAGGGAAGGAGGAUAUUGUUGAUGUGCUGUUAAAGAUAGAGAAGCAGCAGAAGGAACAAGGCUCCGUUACUCUCACCAGAAGUCAUAUCAAAGCAAUCCUCAUGGAUGUAUUUAUCGCUGGAAUUGACACUGCAGAAAUCACAAUGGUCUGGGCGUUAACAGAGCUUAUGAGGAACCCAAGAGUGAUGAAGAAAGUACAAGCUGAGAUUAGAGAAGUUGUCGGAAACAAAGGAAAAGUGAGUGAAGACGACCUUGAAAAACUUGCAUAUCUAAACAUGGCGGUGAAAGAGACAUGGAGACUUCACCCACCAGGUCCACUUCUAAUUCCAAGAGAGGUCAUUUCCCCAUUCAAAAUCAAUGGUUACAACAUAUACCCAAAGACCCGAGUCCAGGUUAACGCAUGGGCCAUUGGAAGAGAUCCCAAGGUUUGGAAGGACCCAGAAGAGUUUUUGCCAGAGAGAUUUGCAGGAAGCUCGAUUGAUUUCAAAGGGCAGCACUUUGAGUUGUUGCCAUUUGGUGGAGGACGAAGAGGUUGUCCAGGUAUCAACAUGGGAAACACAUUGUUGCAGCUUGCACUUGCUAAUCUUUUAUAUCGAUUUGAUUGGAAAUUACCAGAUGGGAUGAGCAAGGAAGAUAUCGACAUGGAAGAAGCUCCUGGUCUCACUGUUCACAAGAAGACCCAUCUUGAGCUUAUCCCUGUAAGCUGUAUUUGAAUUAUCUCAUCUUCACAAGACACAUGUAUGAUAUGUGUGCUGAAUGGUCUGUAAUUUGUGAGAUUUUUUUAUCUGUUUAAUUCGAGACUUUGCCCUUAGAUGGUUUACUUUUUAAUUUCUUGGGAUUUUCCAUUUUGUUUUUCUCCUUUUAUGAGUAAAGAAUAACGAUCGAAUCCCCACUAGAAUUGUGUGUUUAAUUA